GUGGCUGCAGGGAGCGGGGCCGGGGUUGUGGCCGCCAUGGAGCUGUGUGGGCAGAGGGUGCAUCCGCACACCGUGAAACUCGCACUGGAGCGGCUGCAGGACCUGGAAAAACAACUGAAAGACAAAGGAAUUUGUUUUGAAUGUGGAACUAUUCGACAUUUUGCAAAUAUUGUAGGUGGAGUUAAUCAGCUGGAGGAAGCCAGGAGGACCAUCCAUGAAAUACUUGAAGUAGAAACCAUUGAAGCCAGUAAACUACGGUACAAGCUUUCUGAACUUCCUAACAAACUAAAACAGCAAAUAGCAGCUGCUGUUGCUGCUGCCCGUGAUUCAAAAACAAUGCACUUGAACGAAUUGAAGGCCAAAAUCGAGAUGAUGACACAACAAAUUGAAGCACUCAAAAAGGAAUACUGUAGGCUGGAGCAAGAAAAUGCUUCUCUGUGCCCUAUACAACAAGAGGCAGGAGCACGAUACAAUGACAUCAUAUUCCUAAUGAAUAAUGUGAUGGGUGAUCGAGCCAAUAAGCAAAUCACAUUGAACGAAACAUAUGACAACAUACGAGAUACGAAACAGAAAAUUGUUGACGUAACCAGAGAUAUUGCAGAUUUAAAAGAGGAAAUGGAUGAGAAACAAAAUGAAUUUAAAAUCAGAAAGGAAUCUUUAACAGCAAAAUUUACUGAGGUACACCAACUGGUUCAGGAUCAGAACAAAAUAAAUUUUGAAAAGAAAAACAAACUUGAUGAUUUAAAGAUGGAACUGGACAAGUUAAGCGAUAAUGUAGUGGUCCAGGAAGAGAAAACAGCACAAUUAGGAAUGCAGAAUACAGUUUUAGAAAAGCAAGAAACUGCUCUUCAACACGAGCACAAUGAAAAAUUGAAAACGAUUGAAGAACUAACUAAAAAGAAGGAGAAAAUUACUGAUGAAUUAAGUACUCUCACUGAAUACUAUAAAACGGAAAUUGAAAAGUUACAGACCAGAUCUUUACAGGCUCAGGAGGACAUUGAUAAUGCUCAAGUUUUAAAUCAGGAACGUGCAGUCCGAAGGGAAUCUCGUAGUGAAGCAGCUAAGAAAGCAAAAGAACAGGAAAUUGAAAGAAGGAAACAUUUGCAAAGUCUAACAGACCGGUUAAACUCAGUAAAAGAUUUGCUUAUUCAGACUGAAGAAAAUUUGUCAAGUGUGAGGAAGGAAAUCCAAGAACUUGAAGAAAUAAUGCUGAAUCUUGCAGAACAACACAAGGAUACAAUGGAAUUCCUAAAUAAGGAGUUGCAGAAAUAUUCAAACAAGUUAGAAAAAGAAAAAGAAUUAAGGGAAGCUACCCAACAUAAAAGAGAAGAAAUGUCAAGAGAAACGUUGGAUAUCAAAAGAACAACUGAGAAGUAUCUAGCUAAUCUGAGUAAACGCUUACAGGACCUCAAGAGGAAACGUGAGAAACUAAUUGCAGAGAGUAACAAUCUCCAGAAGAGUAUUGAUGAGUAUGUUGAAAAAAUUAAGGCCCUUAAACAACAACUCACAGCGGAAGAAGAUGCAUUCAAAAAUAUGGAACAGCUUCUGUCAGCAGAAAUCAACCAUUUGAAAAUUGAAAUUAAAGAAAUGAAGGAAAAAAUAAUGCAGGUGAAGAAGGAACUAGAGGUAAAAUUGCCCAUCCAACAGAAGCUAGAAACCGAGCUUGCAGAAGAGACAGCAAUGUGUGAGGAAUUACAAAAAGAACUUAAUGACCUUAUAAGUAAGAAAUCUUACCUUGAUAACACUAUCAGUAGGUUAAAGAGAGAUACUGGAAUCCUCCUUGUAUCUAAGCCAGACUUACAAUCUAUGUUGUCUUCAAUACGGAACAAUAUCUUCCACCAAGUUAAAAGUACUGGUGAGCAAUUGAAAAUGAUUGAAGUGGAUAUUUAUGAAGCAGAUAGAAGGCUUGAACUUGUUGAGAUAGAAAACUGCAAACUGAAACUGUGUAAUUUCCAGUUGACCAAAGAUCUUGCCUCAUUCAAAGAAGAAGGAGAAAGGCAGAAAGCAGAAAAGGAGAACCAGGAUAAUGAACUACAAACCGUCUAUGAUAACCUUAUGAAAAGCUGGGCAUUAGAUUUUAGUGUUCAAAAGGAGUUUGCAGCAUGUGAUCAAUGUGUUCUGAAUGCCAUAGAGAAACUGAUGAAUAAAAUACAGCUCAGAGAGAUGAAGCUUGGCAAUAUUGGAGCUCAGCUCAAAGAACAUUUAAGUAAAUUACUAUCCUUUGUGGGAAGCACACCUGCUGAAGGACCAAAAGAAAAAUGUAUGAUAAAACAAACCAUUCACCUUCAGUGAACGUACACGAGGUAGGACAACAACAUUUAAUUAAGUGGCAUCACUAACAGAAUUUUGAUUUGAAAAAUAUUUACAAUUACAGUUAACUAUUGAGUAACUGGCAGCUCAUCUACUAGAACGUGGGUUAACUGUGGAAGUUUUAAAAGUCAUCUUCUGAUUUAAGAAGCCUAUGUUGCCUGCUGGGAAAAACACAGCUUCAGAUUUACAAUCCCACAACAUCUGUUGAAAAAGCAUGCUACAGAUUUUAAUAAGCAUGAGUUUGCUCUUAAAGUCUGUGCUUUCAGAUUCAAAAAGCUCAUGGUUCUAGCUGCCAAAGAAUACAAGAGUAGUUUACCUUUUCAAGCUUACUGAAAUUUACAGUAUUUUCACGAUGUAGAAUUGUCUACAAAUCCCUAAAUACAAAUAUGGUUUUGCCCAAUGAAAAGAAAUGUAGCAUGCUUGCUUGGUGGGGGGGAAAGUACCUCUAAAACAAAUCAGCAGAAUAUGCAACAAGUGAAAGGAUAUUCUAUAAUUUAAAGAAACAACAGUGGUGCCAAUUUCUGAUAUGAUUAGCUCUAUGAGUGGUGCACCUAAUAGGAACUCUAUGAAGAAGGCAACUGUCAAGGCUAUGUGCAGAGCAAUGCUGGGUUCCUCGACCUAGAGAAGUGAAGGUACACUAUUGUCCAGGCUUAUUUCAGUAUUAUUACCAAUCAGCAUUUCUCAAUGUGCUUGUCUUCCUGAAUGACCAUUAUCCAUGCAGAAAGCAUUGACUGUGUAAUUAUGGGCAACUGCACAAUAGAAUUAUACUUAAAUGCAAUCCUGAAAGGUAAAAUAUUAAUUGAAUUUGG